AUGGCAAACCCAGUCAGGAAAGAGGUUUUCAGUAUGUUAUCAAGCGGCUACAACUCUGCAAAUGCGAGAUUUGUCGUGAACGAUGCAAUCCCACCCGCUGGUGAUACCGAUAUCAGACUUCUAGUCCUCUGGUUUGGCGCCAAUGAUGCCGUCCUCCCAACAGCACCUCAAACACAAUAUAUCCCUAUUAGCCAAUAUAAAGCAAAUCUAAAUGCCAUCAUUAAGAGCUCAGCUUUUGAAGGUCAUCUCGCAAGAGGCGCAAAAGUUAUAAUUGUCUCUCCGCCGCCUUUUAAUGAACACCAAGGCGGCACGGAUGGACGAUUGGCUGUCGAAACCAAAAAAUAUGCAGAAGCUGCCGGCCAGGUAGCUAAGGAUGGAGGGUACGAGUUUCUGGACUUAUGGAGCGAUUUCAUGAAGUUCGCGGGAUGGAAUGAGGGUGGCCCGCUAUUAGGUGACAUCAAUGUUCCGAGCUCAAAGAAGUUAGGUAGUUUACUCGCUAGUGGUGACGGUCUCCACCUGACUGGCACAGGAUACAGGAGAUUUUAUGAUCAACUUAGAAAUAUAACUUGCGGUCCAUUGGCAGAACAGAUCUGCAAUGCUCAGAAUAUAUUUCCAGAUUGGGAGACGGCGCCCCGGUAUGAAUCAAACGGCCAGAGGAACGUUAAUGUAUUUAGACUAUGGAAGCAAGGACGGCGGAGAGGGGUUUAG